AGCUAUAAGCUAUGUUUCUAGUUUGUCGCAAAUUUUUAAGUUAGAGAAAAAAAAUGAGAUUAUCUUCAGCUGGGUUUAAUCCUCAACCUCAUGAAGUUACAGGAGAGAAAAGAGUUCUUAAUUCUGAGCUCUGGCAUGCUUGUGCUGGUCCUCUUGUCUCACUACCUCCUGUUGGAAGCAGAGUUGUGUAUUUUCCUCAAGGUCACAGUGAACAGGUUGCUGCUUCCACUAACAAAGAAGUAGAUGCUCAUAUACCAAAUUACCCGAGUUUGCAUCCGCAGCUUAUCUGUCAGCUUCACAAUGUCACAAUGCAUGCUGAUGUGGAGACUGAUGAAGUCUAUGCACAGAUGACUUUGCAACCGUUGAAUGCGCAAGAGCAAAAAGAUCCCUACCUUCCGGCGGAAUUAGGUGUCCCGAGUAGACAGCCUACAAACUAUUUCUGUAAAACUCUGACUGCUAGUGAUACAAGCACUCAUGGAGGUUUCUCUGUACCUCGCCGAGCUGCUGAGAAAGUUUUCCCUCCCUUGGACUACUCGCAGCAGCCUCCAGCUCAAGAGUUAAUGGCGCGGGAUCUGCAUGAUAAUGAAUGGAAGUUCAGGCAUAUUUUCCGAGGCCAACCAAAGAGACAUCUCCUUACUACGGGUUGGAGCGUAUUCGUGAGUGCUAAAAGGCUUGUUGCUGGGGACUCUGUGCUUUUCAUCUGGAACGAUAAGAAUCAAUUACUUCUUGGUAUAAGACGAGCCAACCGACCGCAAACUGUCAUGCCUUCAUCUGUUUUGUCAAGUGACAGUAUGCAUUUAGGCCUUCUUGCUGCAGCAGCUCAUGCUGCCGCCACUAACAGCCGAUUCACCAUAUUCUAUAACCCGAGGGCGAGUCCAUCAGAGUUUGUUAUACCCCUGGCUAAGUAUGUGAAAGCGGUUUAUCACACUCGCGUCUCUGUUGGCAUGCGGUUUAGGAUGCUGUUUGAAACCGAAGAAUCAAGUGUUCGUCGGUACAUGGGUACAAUAACUGGCAUUUGUGAUCUAGAUCCUACUCGUUGGGCUAAUUCGCAUUGGCGGUCUGUCAAGGUUGGGUGGGACGAGUCUACUGCAGGAGAGAGGCAGCCGAGGGUUUCCUUGUGGGAGAUUGAGCCCUUAACAACAUUCCCUAUGUAUCCAUCUCCUUUUCCUCUCAGGCUGAAACGUCCGUGGCCUCCUGGUCUCCCAUCUUUCCAUGGCCUUAAAGAAGAUGAUAUGGGUAUGAGUAUGAGUUCGCCGCUUAUGUGGGAUCGAGGACUCCAGUCCCUAAACUUUCAAGGUAUGGGAGGAAACCCGUGGAUGCAGCCAAGACUUGAUGCUUCUGGUUUGCUUGGUAUGCAAAACGAUGUGUACCAAGCAAUGGCUGCAGCUGCCCUUCAAGACAUGCGAGGCAUUGAUCCCGCAAAAGCUGCUGCUUCACUUCUUCAGUUCCAAAAUUCCUCGGGAUUCUCAAUGCAAUCUCCGUCCUUAGUGCAGCCGCAGAUGCUGCAGCAGCAACUCUCUCAGCAGCAGCAGCAACAACUCUCUCAGCAGCAGCAACAGCUCUCUCAGCAGCAGCAACAACAGCUCUCUCAGCAACAGCAGCAACAGCAGCAACAUGCAUAUCUCGGCGUUCCCGAAACCCACCAGCCUCAAUCUCAGGCUCAAUCACAGUCAAGCAAUCAUCUUUCUCAGCAGCAGCAGCAAGUAAUGGAUAAUCAUAAUCCGUCUGCGUCCAGUGCUGCUGUUGUUUCCGCUAUGUCACAAUUUGGUUCUGCUUCUCAGUCCAACACGUCACCACUCCAGUCCAUGACUUCUCUGUGUCAUCAACAAAGCUUCUCCGACACCAACGGAGGAAACAAUCCUAUUUCUCCGCUUCACACUCUUCUCAGUAACUUCUCUCAAGACGAGUCUUCUCAACUGCUCAACCUCACUAGAGCAAACUCUGCAAUGACUUCAUCCGGUUGGCCAUCAAAGCGUCCUGCAGUUGAUUCAUCGUUCCAGCACUCUAAUGCCGGUAAUAAUAACACUCAAUCCGUAUUGGAGCAAUUGGGACAGUCCCAUACAAGCAACGUUCCUCCAAACGCUGUCUCGUUACCUCCAUUUCCCGGUGGUAGAGAGUGUUCGAUCGAGCAAGAAGGAAGUGCCUCAGACCCGCAUAGCCAUCUUCUCUUUGGAGUCAACAUAGAUUCAUCUUCUCUUUUGAUGCCGAACGGAAUGUCAAACCUUAGAAGCAUUGGCAUUGAAGGUGGCGACUCCACGACUUUACCCUUCACAUCAUCUAAUUUCAACAACGAUUUCUCGGGUAAUCUUGCAAUGACAACACCUUCUAGUUGUAUAGAUGAAUCGGGUUUUCUACAAUCCUCAGAAAACCUCGGUUCCGAGAACCCACAAUCUAACACCUUUGUGAAGGUGUACAAGUCAGGGUCAUUUGGAAGAUCGUUAGAUAUAUCAAAAUUUAGCAGCUACCACGAGCUGCGAAGCGAGCUUGCUCGCAUGUUUGGCCUCGAAGGCCAAUUAGAAGACCCUGUGAGAUCAGGCUGGCAGCUUGUAUUUGUUGACCGAGAGAACGACGUUCUUCUCCUCGGCGAUGACCCUUGGCCGGAGUUUGUGAGCAGCGUGUGGUGCAUUAAGAUACUGUCACCACAAGAAGUGCAGCAAAUGGGUAAAAGAGGCCUUGAGCUUCUCAACUCCGCGCCAUCUUCCAACAAUGUCGAUAAGCUCCCGAGCAACGGGAACUGCGAUGACUUUGGGAACCGGUCAGACCCGAGGAAUCUCGGUAACGGUAUCGCAUCAGUUGGGGGUUCAUUCAACUACUAGAAGUAGAAGGAAACCCCCCUUUUUAUUCAAGUUAAGUUUCAAUCUUAUAAAUUAGUAGUGAGAUC